AUGUCUGCUGCAAGUACUUUAAAUGAUCUUUCUUCAACAAUGUGGCCUGACGCAAUCUAUUCUGAGCCUAUCUCAUCAUCAUCGAAUAAUCAUUCAGAACAAUCAUCAACAACUUUCAAGUUUGCAACUCACUCUGGAGAACAUUGUAAUAGUAAACGAGCAAAAAUAAUUAUUAUUAGUAUCAUUGCUCUAUUGAUUUUGGUGAUAAUUAUCAUGGUACUAACGGUGAUUGUUCUUCUGAAUUCACAGAAUACAACAAAUAAAACAACAUCAUUGAUAACAGCAAACAAUGUCAAUUCAUAUUCUAGUACAACGAUAUCAACAAUCUAUGAUGUUGGUAAUGGUGGAGCUAGUGAUGAUCCGCCUUGUUCAUCAUACACAGUUGUCAACGAUCCUUCGCGCAAUAUAGCUACGCCUGGAAUGGGUGGUGCGUGCGAUAAUGGACCAUUAUUCAACACAAAUAUUGGUGGUAGAUGGAUUCGAUUUAUGGGUAAAGGAGGUACUAUAAUACCUGUAACAUCACCAGGAAUGAAUCAUUGUAGUGCUUACCUAUCAGGAUGGUUCAAUGGGACGUUACCAUCAACAAUAGAAGCAAUAGUUAAUGGGUAUAUAUGUUUUGAUACAGUUGCCUCACCCUGUUCAUUCCUUUCCCCUGUUUCAGUUGUGAAUUGUAACGGUUUUUAUGUUUAUUUUUUGCCACCUUUGAUUAUCUGUAAUUCACGUUAUUGUACAGUAUGA